CCCCGCGCCGCGUCCCGCUCCCGCUUCGCUCCUCCCCUCCUCCGCGGCUCUCCAUCCCGUCGCCUCCCUCCCCCACCAGCUCGCGCGGAAUCAAAACCCUACUCCGUCCCGCCCGCGCGCCCCCCUCGUCGCCGCCAUGGACGGCGGCUCCUCGAGCCUGCCCCUCCCCCAGCCGCCGCCGCCGCCGCAGGUCUACCUCCGCCGCCCCGUGCCGCCGGUACCGGCUCCUCCCAGGGUCCACCUGUUCCGCGCCCCGGCUCCCAUCCCCAUCUUCUCCUCGAGGCCCCGCGGCGGCGCGGGCCCCCCGAUUCCUCCCCCUGCUGCUCCAGCUCCAUCUCCCGCUCCCGCGCCUCCUCCCCAAGCAGCCGCAGCGCCGGCGCCCCCUCGGCCGCCGCCUGCGGCCCCCGUCUCCAACGACAUGCCGCCGCCUCGCCCGCCCCAGCAGCAAGCUGGUUCGAUGCUCCCGCCUCCGGCUCCAAAAGCAGCGGGGAAGGGGAUGCCCAUGCCCAACUCACAGCCGAAUGAGCAAAAGAAUGGAGGAGAAAAUUCUCAAGCUGAAAUCAACAUGGGAGAGACUACUCAAGGACAUGAUAAGGAUACUACCUCUGAACCAGCAAAAGUUAUCAAACGGGUGAAGAAACUAAAGGUUUCUAAACACAGCACGGGCACAGCAGAUGGUUCUGGAGCAGUUGAAGGAGAUUCUGGGCCUUCAUUACAUUCAAUAUACCACUGCCGCUAUGACAACUCACUAAGUCUGCUCACAAAGAAGUUCAUCAACUUGCUUCAAGGAGCAGAAAAUGGAACCCUUGAUUUAAAUAAAGCAGCUGAGACAUUGGAGGUGCAAAAGAGGAGGAUAUACGACAUAACAAAUGUUCUAGAAGGUGUUGAUUUAAUUGAAAAGGGACUUAAGAAUAUGAUUCGCUGGAAGGGAUUUGACAUGUCGAAGCCUAAGGAGAUAGAAUGCCAAAUUUCUUCAUUGAAGGAGGAACUUGAAUCUCUUUAUGAUGAAGAGUUCAGGUUGGAUGAUGAAAUAAGGGAAGCAAGAGACAAACUACAAGCCCUCACACUAGAUGAGGACAAAAGAAAGUUUUUAUAUCUUUCGAAGGAAGAUAUAAAUAAGAUUCCUCACUUUCAGGGAUCCACUCUUAUUGCUGUAAAUGGUCCUCACGGAACAUGUGUUGAAGUUCUAGACCCUAAUGCGGAUCUGUACUUGUAUGGGAACCUGGGUUUGCAAGAGAAGCAUUACAAAAUUGUCUUGAGAAGUUCAAUGGGUCCCAUUGAUUGCUAUUUAAUAAGUGACCACCAGGAGAUACUUAACCCAGACCAGCAGGUGGCAUCUGACAAAUUAGAACCUGUGGUUGCUGCUGGCAGUUCUCAAGCUGUGCAGGAGAUGGAUUGUGAUCCGAAUCAAACACCAGAAAAGGGACAUAGCAAUGCUGUUUGUACACAUGCAUCAGAACUGUCAAGAAAGCAUGAGAUCAUGUCUGGCAUUCUGAGAAUUGUUCCAUCCCAUUCCGAUGCGAACUCUGAUUACUGGCUCGCUUCUGACGUUGAUGCUAGCAUGACAGAUGCAUGGGGCACAUAGAAGGUGGAUCCUCAUACUUAGGGCUCUUAAUCUGUCCCUUAGAUAGACAUAAUAGAAUGAUUCCAAAGUACACAGUUGCAUUGGGGUAAAUGCACAUUGCAUCCCCCCUGGUCCAUGCUCUGACCCCAUUAACCAACAAAGCAAAGGGUACAUGGUAGACAGUAGAUCUUGUACAUUGGCAGCAUGUUUGUAGUUGUCGGUCAGUGGAGAUAGGAUCAGCAUGUGCGGUAGGUCUCAACUUAAAUCAUAUUGGCCUUCACCUUUGUUUCCAUGGAUUGUGUGUGUACAUCAAGUUAGAAGGCGACACAAUCCGGAAGAAGGCCAUCGGUGUAUGUUAGGUUAUCUGGUCUUCGUUUAUUUGAAGAGCAGUAAUAUUGUAUAUCCUGACUAUCACUGUCCAUUACCAAUAGCAGAUACAUAGAGAAAAAUUGUUUAGCAUGUUUUUUUC